AAAAGAAGAAGAAGAAGCGGAACUCGUAGCACAACAACAACAUUGUUAGCAGCAUUAGCUCGCAAAAAAGCGAGGAGACUUUUUUCUUCUUAUUUGGGUCCCAUUAACAGGUACGCUGGAAUUUUCGGACACCCACUCGAACAUGUCCUAUGUCUUCAUCAACGACUCGUCGCAGACCAGCGUGCCUCUGCUGCAGUCGUGCAUCGAUGGAGACCUACCCUUCGCCAAGAGGCUGCUAGAGACCGGAUGCGACCCCAACAUCCGUGACAACCGGGGCCGCACCGGCCUCCACCUAGCCGCCGCCAGAGGGAAUGUGGAAAUAUGCCGCCUCUUGCACAAGUUUGGGGCCGAUCUGCUGGCGACAGAUUAUCAGGGGAAUACGGCGCUGCACCUGUGCGGCCACGUGGAUACGAUACAGUUCCUGGUGUCCAACGGGCUGAAGAUCGACAUCUGUAACCACAACGGAUCGACUCCUCUGGUGCUGGCGAAGAGACGCGGAGUCAACAAGGAUGCUAUUCGUCUGCUGGAGGGGCUGGAGGAGCAGGAGGUGAAAGGCUUCAACAGAGGAGCCCACUCCAAACUGGAGACCAUGCAGAUGGCUGACAGUGAGAGUGCGAUGGAGAGCCACUCCUUACUGAACCCGAACCUGCAGAGCACCGAGGGCGUCCUGUCCAGCUUCAGGACCACCUGGCAGGAGUUUGUGGAGGACCUGGGCUUUUGGAGGGUCCUGCUGUUGCUGGUGGUCAUCGCCCUCCUCUCCCUGGGCAUCGCCUACUACGUCAGUGGGGUCCUGCCUUUCUCCACCAGCCAGCUGGAGCUGGUGCACUGAGUAAAGGCUGGGAAGAAGGGUGCGGAAGAGGCAGUAAAAUAAAUGAAUGAAGGUCUGCGUUCAGCUUUGUGUAUAGAACAAAAACCCAGAGUUUUGUUUCUUUGUUGCCCACAUUUGAUCCUUUUUUAUUGUGGUCUUAACAACAUCAUAUGAUACUGUUAGUAAAGCGACGCAAUUUAAAAAAUAUUAUAAAUAUUUUUAGGUGAUUAACGAGAGAGGGCGGUGACUCAGAGACUUCAUGUGUGGCCUAACACCUCGACUCAUUGAUAGACUCAUUUCCUCUUCCUCACACUUGUCAUGUCAUCCCUGUUUGCUCUGUUACAAGCUGUAUAUUGCUGAUGUUUUGUAUCUUUUCAUUGUUUUCUCUCACUUGUUAUUUAUUCAAAUGUCUUUGGUGUGAAUUUUUCCCUCGCUGUCUUUAUUUCACACAAAUACCUGCAGCCUUUCUGACGGGAAACAGUUUUGUCAGGAUAACAGAGCCGACUGCAGAGAAACACCUGGGCUGAGUUUAGAUGAAGCUUCAGGUUUAACUGGGAUUAUGGCAGCAGAUUAAUGCUUCUUACUUUGUUGUAUAUUCAUUUUAUCUUAAUGUGAUUUUGUUAAAGGUUUUCAGUGUUUAUUCCAUCAAACAUUUGAAGUCAUUUAAUGUGCAAAAUGAAUAAAAUCAUGACUGUAAUCUG